AUGACAAAAUCCAAAAAAGUUGAUAUAAUAACAAAUGAUAAUGAAGUUAUUAGAAAUUCAGAAAUGGAUGAUAUGGGAUAUGAUGCCAUAAGUGUAACCAAUGUAGACUCAGCUACUAGCCCCAAUUUAUUAAUUUUAAAUAAAAAAAAAAAAAAUCAAAAAAAAAAAAAAAAACAUUCUUUUGUUAAUUUAAGAGAAUGGACAAAGAAAAUUCAAGAAAAAUAUGAAAAAAAAAUCAACAAAAAUAAUAAAAUAAAUGCAGAAAAUCAAAGUACAAAUAUAAAUAAUGAUAAUUCUUUAUCUUCUUCCUCAUCUAAUUCUAGAUGUAGUUUGAAUCAAAAUUUUUACUAUCCUUCUGAUGAAUCCAAUUUUGAUUCCGAUAUUGAGCAACGCAUUCGACGGCUUCUAAAACUAGAAACUUCGAUUAUUCCUACAAAAAUUAAAAAAGAAAAAUUUGACGAACUUGUAAAAGAUCAAAUAAUAAACAAGUCAAAUAAUCAACAAGAAUUGAUCGUCAAUAAAACGGAUACAAAAGAAAACAAUUAUAAUGAAUUAGAUACUAAUAUUGAGAUAUCUAAAAACUCAAAUAAUACUGAUGAUAGUAAUAUUUAUAACCAAGAUGGAAGUAUGGAAUUAGACUAUGAUAAUUUAAAUAUUACACUUAAUAAUGAUAUAAAACCUUAUAACGAAAAUGUAAAUACUUCAAACGAAGUACCAAAUAUAAAACAUGAUCAAACAUUCCCAAAAGAAAAUAUACAAUUAAAUAAAUUAAAUAAUAUCGAAGAAAAUUGUUUUAGCAUCAAUGAAAAAGAAACAAAAAUUAGUUUUCCUGAUUCAAAUAAUUCUGAAAAAACUAUAAUAUCACACGAAAUCCAUCAAACUGAUAAAUCUGAAAAGGAAAAAAAUAAUGAAAAUUAUGAUGGUAAAAAGAAUAAUAAUCAAAUUAACAAAAGAGAAUCUGAAAAAUUGAUUGGCAAUUCAAAUAAAAUUAAUGAUAAUAUUAUAGCAUCUUCUGAAUCUAACACUAAUAAAAAUGGUAAGCAUCAGUUUGAAAAUUAUAAACGAAAUAUCAACACCUCUCCUUCCAAUAUACCCACAAAAAAUGAAAAAGAAAGGGGUGGUAAAGAAAGGGGUGGUAAAGAAAGGGGUGAUAAAGAAAGAGGUGGUAAAGAAAGAGGUGGUAAAGAAAGAGGUGGUAAAGAAAGAGGUGGUAAAGAAAGGGGCGAAAAACGAUCACCAGAGCAAAGUAAGGACCGAACCCGGAAUAAUAUCAAUAAAGAUAUCUCUGAAACGGUUAAUCAUCGAGAUGGAGAAAAAAACAAAAAUAACAGCAUUGAAUCCAAUGCCAUCAAAAAGGGAAAUAAUAAUGUUAAAAAAAAUUCACAAAAUAAUGAUGAUAAGGUCAAAGAAAAAGAAGAACCCAUGUCAUUGAGGCAACGAAUUUUAAGCUUUAUUCCAGGAAAACAUUAUUUAACAAAAGACAAGAAUCGAGAUAACAAAAAAAAUGAACAUGGAAAAGAUGAUAAUAAUACUAAUUCGAUUAAUAUUGAUCAUAAUAGUGAUAAAUAUAAAGGAAUGAAUAGUCAUCAAACCUCUGCAAAAAAACAUAAUCAAUAUAUUCCUAAUUCACAUAAUCCUGAUAAAAAAAGAGAACGGACAAAAGAUAAAGAUGAAAAACAAGAUAUCCAUAUUGACGGACAUAAAGAAACAGAUAGCGAACGAACCAAAAAAAGACCAAGAAAUAGAGAAAUUGGCAGGGAUAGAAACAGAGAAAUUGAUAGGGAUAGAAACAGAGAAACGGGCAGGGAUAGGAAUAGAGAAGUAGAAAAUGAAUCAAAUAUAGCCAGAAAAAGAUCACAUGGUAAUGAAAAUGACAAUAAUCAUAAUAAAAACAGUAAUAGUGUUGUUAGAAAAGUACAUGACUAUAAUUCUUCUGAACGCCCUGAAAAAGAAAGACAUAUUUAUAACUCAUCAGAUAAUCAAUCUCGAAAAUAUCAUCCUCAUACAAAUAAAACAGAUGAUAACGAGAAUUGGGAAACAAAAAUGUCAAAAUUGAAGGAGAAAUUAAUAAAAAAAAAUAUGAACAAAUAA